AUGUCGGGUGAUGAAAGACUGGACGAACUUAUCUGCGAAGGGGAGAUGGAGAAGGACGCGAUCAUGGAUCGAAUGAUAAAGCUGAACAGAGACAGAUACAAGGAUGUCCGCUUAAAGGAGCUCUUCUACAAACACGCGACAAGGACAAGAUCUGGAGAGUGGUGCACCUCCGAGGAAGGGUUCCUGUCCUUUUUGCACAAACACGGCGCUCUCCCGCUGUCUUUGCAGGAACAGGGACGCAUCCUCUACCAGGUCUUCCUCUACUUAUCUGUGUUCCCCUUUGUCCGGAGCCCUCCCAAGGCCAUGACGGUCGAAGAGUUCUUUCGGGCGUGCGAGUUUUCCGAUUUGCUUGAAUUGAGGCUGAGCGGUGGACAUACUAGGGAAUCCUGGCGGUACCGAACAAAGUCAGACCGCAGGCGACUAGUAUUCCAGAGCCUGGCUACGGCGCGCGAUGGGCGAAAGCUGCCCUUUGACGCCGAGGAGUGGAGCAGGCAGGCAGCGUGGAGAUCGUCUGAGCUGGACGGUGUGUCGUCGCAAGACCCGGAGGCACAGUGCUCCAACUAUGACGAGCACGGGGAUGAGAUGUAUUACGACACCUUGUGCUUCAUUUGGGCUUCCCAGUGGCGCCUAGCGGGGCCGGUGGUCCCCCUGGAGCAUUUUCGCGGGUUGGCAAGAGAAUUACAUGGGGAUGACUUGCAUCUCCACCAUCUUUCAAUCCCCCGGGACAGGUUCCGCUGCUUGGUCAAGUUUCUGUUGCUUGGCCAGUUUGGGAACACCGGGGGUAUGGAAAUCAGCAAAUUUUCCGACCUCGAUCGAGUUGUCAACAGCAUGGUUCGACCGUUCUUUCGCAUUGCCGGUGUAGGGAUCACCUGGCCAAUGUUUGACGAUGCCAUGCGAUUAAUGCCUUACUUGCUCCAACCGAUCUCGGAAAUAGCGACAAGGUUCUCCAGAACCAAACCAAGCCGACCCGCUGUGUCCGCUAUGAAAGGGCUGCUGAGUGAUUACGAGACCUCCUUGACACUUGCCCGUUUCGCUCAACUCCGACUCUGUUUUGGGUGCGACCUCAUCUGGAAUAAGUUGCGGGCACCUCAACGAUACGAGGCCCCCUGCAAUGUCACCUGCGUGCUCGAUUCACUCAACGCAGCCGAGCCCCGGAACGCAGGGCGACUUACCAUCCUUCUUAUCUACGGCAAGACCUCACACACAGACGAAGAUGUCAUUUUCGGAGCAGUCAUCCCCAAUCCAUCGGUGGAUGUCUCGGCGAUCCAUGAUGCGUCGAAGGAGUAUUACUAUGCACGCUCCUGUUGUUUGUUCGAACUAAGCCCGGGACAUGACAUAUCACGAGGAAAUAUUGGACGGCCAGGCUGGACUGCUUCUCGAGACCGGCUCUGCUUUGGUGAUACAGCGGACGGGGCUGCGAUGAUUCUGGAGGCGAGUAUGACUCGGGCGACUCUCAUCAAGAAUGUGAACCAAACGAACCCGAUUUACUCUGUCAGUCCAUGGAGGGAGGAUGGUUUGGUUGAGGUGUGCAUAGAAUCGAUUGAGGUCUGGAAGGCGACGAGAAGGUCUUAG